CCUAGAAGUAAUAUGCAGAUGAACAAACGGCCCAGCAUGUGGACUCCACGAAUCGUUCCUCCUCUUGUUGCAGGUGUGCAGGAUCCUAAUUACCCUGAAGAUGGAGGACUCGAAGUAGAUGGAGAGGACGGCAACAUUGACGUCAACGAUGACGAUGAAGGCACGAUUCUAAACGGUGCAUUGCCAGUACAACCGCCGUCAUCGGCGACAGGUUUUCCAUCGAAUAAUCAAGAGGCGAG